CGAGAUCGUUGUUUACAAUAUGGCGGAAGCCAUGAGCGGCAAACCCCAAACAUUGUGAUUUUUAUGAGACGAAAUUGGGGGAUUUAAUUCGAGGUUUAUUAUUAUUUGCGUCAGGAAAUUAAAUAAUCGAACGCAUUAUGGAGACAGUGCCAGAGGAACCGGAGGAGAAUUUACCAACCAAGUCGGAGGCAGGGACUGACCCACUAGAGCCAGCAGAUCAGGACCCAUCUAACACCGAACCCGAUUCAGGGCAGAGCGAGAAGGAGGGUCCAUCAAAGGUCGACGCCGGGACUGACCCCCCAGAGGAAGAAGAGGCCGGCCCCUCCCAGGCAAAGAUGGAGGAACCUGCCACCAGGAAAACCCCGGACCUGAGUCAGAGGGGGUCACGGAGUCUGGUACCGACGGAGGAUGAGGUGGACACUAGUAAAAUGAAAUACGUCGAGGGCGUUCAGUGUGCGGUGGUGGACGUCACAGAUACAGGGUUCACCAUGCCAGAGGUCAUCAUCAUGGAAGGUCAAGGUAUUCUGUUUGAGAAAGGAGGCCGCAAAACUGUGGAGAUUGUGCAGGUGAUCCAUGAUGGAGAUAGCCUGAGGCCUGUGAUAGGUGGAUUUGGAUCAAAAGAUUCCAAGGUCAAGGACAAAGAAGAUAACUACAUUCAACAAUUCAACUUGGAGGGGGAAUAUAAGUUUGCAGUGGACAAAGUUCGCUGCACCCCACUGACUGUGAUAGUGAAGCGACGUCUGCCCCUGAGGGCCAGUGUUACAGACAAGGGCUUCCAGCCCAAGAUCAUCGCCAUCGACCAGGGCGACACAAUCGAGUGGUCCUGGAAGGAAUGCACCGUACCCCACUCCAUACAGGAAGUGAAUUAUCUAUUAGACAAAGGGGUGUUUGUCAAAACCCAGUGGCAGGAUGGGGGCAGCAAUGUAGUACGAACUAUAACAGGAAACUUUUCCAAGAAAUUUCCUCGUCCAGGAAUAUACUAUUUCCAGACAGAGAGCUCCGAACUACACAAGCAACAUUUCUGUAUCGUCCGAGUGCGACAAAGUGUCAGGGAGUACAAGGUGGAGAUCUCGGACCGAGCGUUCCAUCCCCCCGUGUUACUGAUAGAGACCGGGGACAGGGUCUGGUGGUUCUGGGACAAGUUUAAGUGUAAGAAACACCACUGUGUGUACCAGAUUGAGGCACCAGCCUUGAACCAGGAUGAUGAGGAACCAUAUCAACCGGUUCAGAAUGGGUUCCGCUGGAGUCAACCCAGUAAACAAGGGCUGUUGUCCCAUGUGUUCACAGAACCAGGGGUCUUCUAUUACUCCGACCAGAACUUCCAGGAAGCGGCGGAGUACAUCGGCACCGUGAUUGUCAAACCCAAACCUAAAGAGCACCGGGUCAUGAUAACAGAGAAUGGGUUCGAUCCAGAAAUAGUUAGAAUCAGGACAGGGGAGAGAAUCUGGUUUUACUGGAACCCCAUUGUGUUCUCCAAGAAGAGUAUCCAGGUACUGCUGAAAGAAAUAGAAAAAUGUCUGAACCCCACAACCAAGCGGCCGGCAACACCAGAUGAUGAAUCUAAAUACCAGCACCCCGAUGAGGAGACGGUGAAGCUGGUGACAGACGUGGGGUUCGCCACCGUGUUCUACUCCACCACCGGCGUGUACCACUACCGAGUGCGGAACUCCAAUGUGUGCUCGGUCAUCGUCAGCCCCGGGGAGAAGAACCACACCAUCCACCUGACAGACAGUGGACCAGAACAGAAGGUCAUCAUGUCGGUCCGCCCCAACGACCGCGUCUGGUGGGUCUGGCAGAGCACCAAGAAGCAGCACAAUGUCAUCCAGGUCUCCCACCAGGGGAACCCCAUCCCCGGGGGGUUCUGUAGCGGAAUGGCCAGGGACUCCCCAUCUGCCUUUGUGCAUACCUUCCAGUCUCCAGGAGUGUUUUAUUACAAAAGUGAGAGUCUGCCAAAGAUUUUCGGAGCUGUUGUUGUGACCACCCAGCCUGUCGUGCACGAGGUUGAGGUGGGACCCAUCAUCCGCCCCGAUCCUAUCUCGGUCAAAGUUCAUGACAUUGUCUGCUGGAUCUUCAGCAGCCCACAGAAAGAGAACGUGUUGGAGAUAGACCACCCAGAUCAAGUGCUGGAAAACCUGAAGUGUGAGGGAGUAAGCCCAAGAUGUUGUUUAAGCAAGGCAAUUGACAGAACUGGAGUCCUGCAUUUCUUCAGCAAGUCCUUCAACAAACAGAAGAAGAGCAUUGAUAACUAUCUGGAGGAUGCCAGAUUUAGCAGUGUGAUCAGUGAUGAACGCUAUGACAACACUGUUAUUAAGUUGGACAAACAGGGAUUUCAUCCCCAUUUUGUAUAUGUACAGAAGGGAGAGAGUGUCAGGUGGAGUUGGAUAAAUUCAGAGGAGGAGCACAACAUCAUCCAUGUCACCUCCCCCGACAGCAAGGAAACUCAGGGCAGAAUGAACCCAAAAGAGCCCCUUAACGUUGUCAGUGGUGUUAAAUCAUUUAACAGUGGCAAACCAGUGAAAAAUAACAGUUUUCUUUACACUUUUGAUGAGCUUGGAAAUUUCACAGUGGCUUCCCAGGGUGCACCUGGAUAUGCCUGUACCGUUAAUGUCAUUUCAACAGCUGAGCAUGUGAAGGAGCCCACCAUUUCAAGCAACUCCAUCAAUGGCGGCACCAUCGACCAGUUCAGCAAGAUCGAGUUGACGUGCGAGACCCUGGGAUCCAAAAUCUUCUACACCACCGACGGAUCCCCACCUGAACUUCACAUUGAAUCAGCUAAGCUAUACAACCCUGAAAAGGGAGUUGUCCUCAGAAAGCACGGGCUGUGCUUUAUAAGAGCAAUGGCUGUGAAGGAGGGGCUACUCAAUAGCUCCAUCUUUACUUCGAAACGUUACUGGAUUUUGCCAAAGGAAGGAACUACAGAGGAUACCGGUAGCUCAUCAGAGACAGAAUCUUCUGACCAGACACAAAAGAAGGUCCCUCAGAAGAAUGACAACUGGGAUUGGUGGAGCUGUGCUCCGACCAUCAAGGCUUGCUUCACUGACCCCGGGGUGAUGGAGGUCUUCUGGGAAGAACCUAAUGCGGUCCAGAAAAAACUUAUUAAAGGCUACCAGAUAUUCCUGAAUGGCGUGUCGUACUGCGACAUCUUCCCCGCCACCAACAAUAGUCUGAACAUCACGGGACUGGCAGGGAAUCGACUGUACGAGGUCUACGUAGAGGUGUACUCGGUUGACAAGAAGCUCAACCCCCAGACCUCCAACAAACUGACAAUGAAAGUACCACUGAUGACCAAGGAGGGCGGCCCAGUGAUCUCCCUUGAGCGGGCCAACAAGCCGGACGCCCUGGUGGUGGUGUGGAUGUCCAUAGAUACCACCGAGUACCCCAUCAAGGGCUACCUCGUCUUCCUCAACCAGCAGCAGUGUGGUUCCAUGCUUGUGCCUGAUCCAGACAAGAAUCGGUGUAAGGUUUUCAUUGGUGGAUGCGAGUUAGAAAAAGAGCAUAAGAUCUAUGUAGUAGCUCUACCUAAAGACAAUGUUGAAGAUGGGCGUAUGUCCAACGUGAUCGAGGUGGUACUGCCGCUGGAGACGUCGCAGAUCAAGUUACCGAGCGAGGACGAGCGUCAGGACCAGGAGGAGCUAUACCAGGAAUACAUCGUCAUACAGGAAGGAAGUGGAUACCUGACUGCCAUGGACGUGAAGGGUCAUCAUAUUGAAACUAACAACGUCCCACCACUAACGACCACUUACCAGUACACUUCAAGUAAACGAACCACGGACGACAAGAAAUCGGGUGCACCCCAUGUAGUGGAAGUUGAAGACCCAAGACAUAGAGAAACCUCUGAUGAUCAGAGCAUGAUGACCGAUGACAACUACGAGAAAGGAACACAAACCCCGAGAGGGAAGUCCAAAGUGAAAACACUGAGGGACAGUUAUGGUUCUGGGGAUUUCUCGGAAGAGCGAGCACAAUCUCGGCGAGCUCAAAGAUCGGAAUCAGAAAGCGAGACCGAGUCUGAGACAGGAUCGUCCGAAACCGAUAGCGAGACAGAGAGUGAGACAGACUCGCAAGGAACUAGAUUGUCAAAUGAGGGAAGUGUGGUAGUUGUCAGCAUGAAAGAUGCAAAGUAUGCACAAAAAGUCACCUCUGAAUCGAUGCAACAAAGCCGACCAAAGAGUGGUCACAUCGUAAGAGGAUAUAAAUCUGACUCUGCGAGUCAGUCGGAUUAUGCUCCGAGACCUCCUUCUGCGAGACGUUACCGAGAUACCUACAGUGCUAGAUCUGACAUGAGCCCGAGAUCAGUGAGACGAGCUAUUAUUGAGGUGGAGGAGACAGCCUCCGUUGAUUUGAACGAGGACAGAAUGAUGAAGAGCGUUGUGGUAUCUCAGGAUAAGGGACACAGGCGCCGCCUAGUGCAGGAAGGGGAGCCCGUAUACAAUCCUGCUAAUGAUGCCCAGGUGGGAGUGCCAGCCCCCACCAUCAAAGUGUCCAGCAUGGGUAAGAGAGGACUGAUUGUGGAGUGGUACAUUGACAAUCGAGAGGAGUCUGAGUACGAAGUUCAACAGUACAUUGUGAAUAUAGUGGGACGAGACUUUAGUGCUGCAGAUAUCAACAGCCACAUUAGUUUUGAGUGUAACCUUGUGGAUAACAGAGGUCAUGGCAUCAGAGGAACCCAACACUGUUGGACGAUGGAUGGCAACAAACACAAAAUCAACAUCCAAGGUCUCUACCCAGACAACACUUACAGGGUGUUUGUGGUUGCAAAUUACGGAUUCCGUGACGAUGAAGAAGACCAGAAGCCGAUUGAGGUCCAGGCGACCUCCCCGGUCAUCUAUUACACCACCAUUGGACCGCCUCUCCCUCCCUUUGUCAGGGUGCUUAAUGUGGGCCUAUACCAGGCUACAGUUCAGUGGGACCCACCCCGCCUACAGAGUGGACUGGAGUUGCUGGGUUACAAAAUCUUCGUGGACAACAAAGUUCUCCGCGGGCUUCAGAGGAGGGACACCAGACAGAUGGUCAUCAAUGACUUGGUGCCAGGAAAGACAAUUGGGGUGUCCGUCGUAGCUGUCCUGAAGCAGAGUAACAUAGAAAGUGAACCGUCGCGACAGGUACACAUUACCUGUCCCAAGAGACCACCUCCCCCACACAUCAGCCAGCAACCCCUCCACAAACACGGCAGUGUGCUGAUUGCCUGGGAUAAACCCGGCGGGUUCAGGAGGGCUGUGGCUCAAGAGGGCAUCACUAGCUACAGAAUCUAUUUGAAUGAUAAAUUCUUUGGAAAAAUUGAUGCCUCUACCAAGAUGGAUCGUCAAGGAUACCAAUAUGUGAUCACUGGCCUCAACCCCGAGGAGAGCUAUGAUGUCAAGGUCAAGAGUAUGACAGGCCAGAAACAGGUAGACCCCGACCAGCUACACAUCUUCUGUCUGAGUGAGAGCUCCUUCUCCAACACCAUUCCUGUCCAGGCCCCCGCCGCUCCCAAGUCCCCGGAGCUCAGGCUGGAGAGCAUGACCCCACAGGGCAUCAGGGUCACAUGGCUUGCCCCUCAACAAUACGGGGAGGCCGAGAUUUCUGGUUACCGUCUGCUGAAGAACGGCAAACUUUAUGGACAUGUGAUGGGUCCGGAGGUGAAUGCAGUGGACAUCACCGGGAUUUCCCUGGGUGACAAAGUUGUCCUUCAACUCGUGGCCUUGACCAAUCACCCGGUCGGAAAACUGGAGCGAGCUCUUCUGGAGAUUGAAAAAGACGACUCACCACGGCAACAAGCACGACUCACUGGUACCGACCAAAAAGUGUUCACCCUAACCAAGGGGGUCAAAACCAAGGGCUGGACAAAAACUGAGUCAACUAACAAACUGGAGGAUUUGCUGUUGGGAGAGAAAUACGCUGGUUGUCGCCCGGGACCCAAACUAACUGUCCACUACACGGGGCUGGUGAAGGCACCCGAUGAUGUGUGGCUAGAGCAGGUCACAGGACACUCCGCACUCGUUGUCUGGAAAAAAGACUAUUCUGUUGAGCUGAAUCAUUCUAUCCACGAACAUGAUAAGUUGAAGUUUCCAGUCCCAGAGGACAACGUACACGGUCACUUUGUGCGCCCGGACCAUUAUGUGGUGACCUGGUGGUGUGGCGAUAAAAACGAUGUCCAGAGCGAGGAGACAAGAGAGGAUCAUAUUCUGAUCACUGGUCUUCAUCCAGCAACAACCUACACCAUAGUUGUUGAGGCACGACGUAUGGAGAACUACAGGGUCGAAGGAGAGGAAAAUGACACCACGAACAAAUUCAUAUUGACCGCCCAGUCAGACACCCUGACCCUGAGGACCGCCCGACCCCCUGACCCGCCCAGUAACCUGUCCAUUGCUGCCUCCACCUGUAACGCCCUGCGCCUGGUCUGGGACCCCCCUGUGGAACAUGGUGUAGAAAUCAUAGCCAUUCGUAUCGAUGCCCAGUCUAUUAACACCAGUGACCCUCACCACGUAGCUGUGGAAGUGAGACCGGAUGAAUGCAAGGCUGACAUCGAAAACCUGAGGGAGAAAACGGAUUACGUCCUGCGCGUCACAGCUGUCACCGAUGAAUAUUUUGACAGACUCCCUGAGAAGCACAAGCUCAAGAAACUGCGGGCCAUUCCCCGAGACCGAAUGGUUGCGGCCGAUGAUUCAAUAUGGCUGCCAAACACCUACACAAUGGCAAAGACGGCCGGUACGGAGCCUCCGGCUAAUCUGAAGAUCCUUCAGUCCUCGACAUCCGGAUUAUCUGUGACCUGGUUGCUGCCCAUCGUGUAUGGAUCCAACAAGUUGAUUGGACAAGUGUUGCGAUGGUCGGACGUGAAGAACUCCAAGAAAGGAGAGAGUGAAUGGUAUGUGGCAAGCCACAUUAAUUUGGACCCUGCGGACAACAACGUGACCAUUGAGGACCUGACCCCAGGGGCACAGUACAAGAUUGUAGUGGAAGCAGUGGUCAGUAUUAAGACUUCUCUGGAAUCGGCUGAAAAUGACAAGGAUAUUCAGAGGUACCGCAGAACCGCCAACGUCAUGUCCAAGCCCCUGUUCACCAGAACCCGGGCCCCCACUGAGCCCCCCAGGGUGUAUAUCACAGGGUACACCCAGACUACCGCCCAGCUGUACUGGGAGAAACCACCCCUGGUGUCGGUCAUCGGGAAGGAGAACGACGGGCGACCUAAAUACCUCAGGAGGUACCUGGAGGGGUAUAAGCUAGAGAUCAACGACCGGCUGCACUCCUGUCUGGGCCCCAAUGCCCAGAGCUGUCAGCUGACCAAGUGUAAACCGGGCAAGAAGUACCAGGUGGUUCUGGUGGCCCUGACCUGUACAGACCAAGGGAAGAAGGAGCGCAAGAAGAAGUAUAAGGGGGUGUAUAGAAAUGUGAGCCUCCAGGCAGUGGACUACUCGGCCCUGCUCCAAGAUGAGGACAACCUUGACCCCUCUCCAUCAGAUCCUCUGGAGAUUGUCCUACCCAAGGACCAGGAUGGUUAUAUCAAGAGUUUGGAGUGCACAUUCAAGCAUGAUGAAGACAGAGACAACAGCACCUUUGGGGACAUAGAACUACGCUGGGAUACACAAGGGGAGAGAAGUGAUGUCAUCUCUCACAUCAAACAGUUCAAUGUCAUCUGGUCCAACACGGAGGAGAGACAGGUCCAGACAAAAGUUGUCACCCCUGAUGCCAGGAAAUCCCUCAUCCCAGUCACCAGGUUAAAAGCUUCCUAUGACAUACAAGUUGAACCAGAUUAUUUCACUGAUGCCCUUCACCAAGUAAACCAGAGAAUCCAGUUGGUUAUUCCAGGUCCUCCGGAUGCUCCAGAAAUCUUCCUGAAAUCUGUCAGUCCGGAGGAGUUUGUCAUAGAAUGGGGAGAGCCGAGAUUGUUUGGAGGGAUCAAAGUUCGCGGAUACCAGGUUUAUCUGAAUGACAAGAAAGUUGGGAAUGAGCUGAGUAACUCCCACCGUAAGGCCGUCAUCCCCUGUCGCCCAAACAAGAACUACAAAGUUCAGUUGGUGGCCCUGAGUGACAACUCAUUCUACAGUGACUCCGCCUUCUCCAACACCCUACUGGUCAGCACCUCCCCCCACUCCCCUCGCCUCCUGUCAGGCGAGGAUAUGGUGAGGGAGGAUCAGGACAUGAUCCCGGUCAAGGUCAUUGCUGUCACGGAAACCUCCAUACAGCUGGACUGGUCCAACUUCCUGGAGACGGAGGGGGUGGCAGGAUACAAGAUUCAGUGGAGCAGUGUAGCUCAGCCUGCACAAAGAGAAGUGAAGCUGUCGGAGAAGGACAGCAGCUGUGUGAUCAACAAUUGCCUGCCGGGAACCACCCACUUUGUGCGACUGAUUGCUAUCGACGCUGAUGGACAGAUUCUGGAGAAGUCCAAACAGCUGACUGUACAGACCUCCGCCCCUCCAGACUCCCCCAUCCUCUCUGUCAGGGCCUGCAACUUCCGCUACAUUGCUGUACAAUGGGAGAAACCCAACACCUACGGAGACGCUUUAGUGACGGGUUACAAAGUCUACGUCAACGGCAUUGUGGAGGCCAUACUGAACGCAGAGCAGAUGAGUUUCACCUUCACUCACGGAAAGUGGUGCCAGGAAUAUGCCUUCCAAGUGCAAGCCCUGACAUCUUUCGAUAAACUCCACAGUAAAGUCUCGGAUCCCUUGGUGGUGGUUUGGCCAGGCUGCAAGGCCCCCACCUUGAAAAGACUUGCUACCCAUAGCAGUUCCUGUGUCAAAAUUGCCUGGGAGGAUCCCUAUCUUACAGAAGGAGUCAAAGUCAAACAUUACAGGGCUGUUUGUGUGGAACGAGACACAGAAAAAGAGGUGACACCCUCUAUUGGUCCAAUUCACUCUAACACGAGAGAAGCGGAAUUCAAGAACCUGAAACGGGGGUCAUACAGCAUUUUCUUAGAAAUACAUUUAUACAAUACUGGUGAUGUGGUGUGCUCGGAGCCGCUUCAUGUGGCCCCUGCUCCCGCCCCAGACCCGCCCCUGGUAACAGUCACUGUGGUUGGUCUGGAUGAACGCAGAGCUCUAGAGAGGCUGACAUGUGAUCUAGUCAACAAGAGAGACAGAUUAAUAAGAAAAGUUGGUCAUAAACUUAAAGAAAUUGGUGCUUUGUCGAACCCACUGAGAGCAGAAAAGAACCGAGGUGUAAUUGAAGGGGCUCACACAUUGUCCAGGAUAGAGGAAAUCCUGGAGCACUGCUUCACCGCGCUAGAACACUACACAGGUCAGCUGAUCGCUCAUGUCAGCUGGUCGUGUCCCCAGAGACAGAGUGAGACCCAGGUGUCGGGGUUCAAAGUACUGAUAGAUGGAAAACAGUACGGAAAUACCAUGCAUGAAGGCGUGAAACAAGUCCGGAUCAAGCUGGGUACAGAGCAGCCUAUCUACAAGCUGACCAUGGUGUCUGUGUCGGACAAGCCCCAGGCGUCCAGUGAGGAGUCUAACGGUGUGGACCUGCUGUCCGAGACCUUCAGACCCUUCUCCUUCUACUGCUACCACAGCAUCCACAAUCAAAAUGCCAGAUGGCCAAAUCAAGGAUGCUGCAAAUAUCAGGACUCUGUGAUGUAUGAGCGACAGUUAGCCAAAAAAUUAGCCAAUCAGGGCCUAUUGAAACGUAAAGUCCCGCCUCCAGCCUGUAGUCUGCUGGACAUCUUCCAGGGAGAGUACAAACCCUUCCUAGGCACCCACAACAAACAAUUCCCCACUGCCAUCCUCUUCUGGACACCCUGGUGUCUUGGAUCCCAGAAAGUCAUGUCACAUUAUGCACGCUUUGCUCGAGAGGCAGCAUCAGAGUAUAAUUUUAUCGCGGUGUCCUGCGGUGUGACCGCUAACCAUGCAUCAGACAGGAAGUCUCUCAUUCAUUCCAUUACAUCAAACGGCUGGAAAGAACACGGGGUCAUUUGGCAUUGUACUAGCCAGUGUGCCUCCGCCAUUGAUGAAGCAAGCAGCCUGUGGAAAAACAGCACUGCUGGGUCAGCCUCAAGGAAUGAGGAGAAUGGCAAGAAGCAUGUAGAUCUGACAGAAAUCCUGGGAAUCGCUGGAGUACCAACUUUCCUCUUUAUCCAUGCUGAUGGUUACAUUGCCUGGCACGGUCGAUACAGUGCCUAUGACUACGCAUCUUUUGCUGCCUUCAUGCGCCAUACGUUCAGUGAGGUACAAGGGGUAGGAUGUCCAGUGUUCCAGUGCGACUCCUGUAAAAACGACAUGACCAUUGAUGAUGAGGCAUUGGAGCCUGUUUUACAAUUGGUAAAGGAAAGCUCCAGCUCUGCCUUAUCCUCUCUAAGAUACCCUCAAGAGGAACACCGGCCUAGCUCUCCGAUUAACACCGAUCCCAACAUAGAGAGACUCUUCAUGAAGAAGCGCCCACGCAGCCCAAAGAGACACAAGAAGAUCUCUGUCAACCAGCGGCCAUUUUCUGCGUCCAACCUUAAUCAGACACCUUCCCAUUAUGUCCAACUGCUGAAGAGUCCGUAUAUGCAGAAGACUGUGCCCUCACCCAAGGUCCUCAACAAGCUACUCCGUCCUCAGAGUGGAGGAGCAAGACUUGGCUGAGGACAACAUAUACAUUUAAAAUGAAGAACACUUUUCUCAUGUCUGAGGAGCUGAUUAUAGUUUGGUGCCAAGACAAUUUUUUGUUGUUUUUUUUUUUUUAUCAAUUUUUUUUUAAUGAAGAAACUGUGAUGGAUGUUUACACUACACAAUGAAAAAAUGCUGCAUUUAACCAAAAACAAUUAAUACAAAACUUUGAUCAUGUAUGUUUGAUGUUGUUCCCAUAGAUAUUCAUUAGGUGAAAUAGAUUAGGAAUUAAUUUAUUGUUUAUCUGUAGUUUAUUGCCAUGUGAUAUAUAUACUUUAAACUGGGUUUGCAAAAGGAAUUUUUGAAGUUUUUCUAUUUUUAUUUUUUUACAUGAUGUUAUUCAUAGUUUUUUUUAAAUGCCACAUUAUUUCAUUUUUAAGAUAAAUUAUGGUACCAACUUUUUGCUUGUCCUAGUGAACAAUCAUCAUGAUAUAUACAUAUAGUUGAUUUUAAUUGUUUACACAGUUUAUUAGUUGUAUUUAAUGUCUGUGAUAUGGAAUUUUAUGCUAGAACAGUGUAUGUUAGGGUGAAAACAAAAUCAAAAUCAAUAAUUGUUAGAUUUUUCAGCAUUUUUAAUUUUAAUUUAGGGUUUUUUUACAAGUGCUUAAGAUAAUCUUUGUUUUUUAUCAUUAACCAAGAAAAAAUUAGAAACAGAGCUUUCAGAUGGUUAUCUAAAGAGUGGAGUUAUUUUCUGUAUUAGGAGAAAGAAGUAUUAUUACCUGUUGAAACUACCAAUGAAAACAACAGUAUAUAUUCUAGUUUCCUAACAUCCUUGUAAAUGUAUCUUAGUCCGUCCUUGAUUAAUUGUUGAAAAAAUGGUUUUUCUUGCCUGUGAUCAAAGUAUUACAUACAUGUAAUAAUUAUUGUUUAUUUACAUGUAUCAGUUUUUUUCCUCCUGUAUUGCCUUAAAGCAAUUCAAACUAAUGACAGUAAAUUUAAAACAUAUAUUGUGAUAAAAGCUUUUCAAAGCAGUAUUUGGGGAACCGUCCACACAUUUGUUAUGAGCUUAAUCCCUUUGUCUAUAUAUGUGAUGUGACAGCUUCAUAUACAAAGACUGUAUUCUAUUUGUUGUUUGAUACUUACAAAUUUAUGAUUAGUUAAUAAAUUCUAAAUUAUUA